AAUGCAUAGUUACAAAAAUUUAUAAACAUGAAGACUCUUAACUGUAACUUGUGUCAAAGUAAGAUCUAUCCAUACUGUCUUAACCCUCAAGAAGUUAUGUGGAUGUGCAAGAAUGAAGAAUGUCUGUUCCCUUUCAAUGAGGAGCCGGAGACUGUAAAAGAGUCCAACAGGGUAAGGUAGACCAAAUAGAAAGUGAAAUUAUACAAGCUAGCGAGAUGUAUACUGUAGAAGUUCAAGAAGACAUCUUUGAUCAAACUCAAAGGAUAAGUGAGUUUCUAACCCAUACUAAGCAGAUUGAUGAAAAUCUGGUGCAUUCCUUCAGCAAUGAGUAUUUAGAUGGUUGUGAAAAGAUGACUAACUUUGUAAUGAUGCAGAACAUGGAGAUACCACAAUAGAACAUGAACCAAUAUUCAUGAUAGAAAAGUAUGACCUCUUCUCACCUCAAACCAUCACUCCUUUCCAGACUUCUCCGACACUAAUAAUCAACCCUUAUCAUCCCCUACCUCUGUAAGCUCUCUCAAUAUUAAAAAUCCUCUUUUACUCCACUCUUGC